GAAGAUACUGAGAAGACAAAGAUAAACCAUUCUGGAAAAAAAAUGGAUACCCAAUUCUUGGAUAGCCAUAAACCCCCCAAAAACACACAGUGGAAAUACACUUCACACCAAACUUAGCUUAGCGAUUCCAGCUCCUUGACUAUGCUUGGCGCCUUUCUUCUUUCAUGGCUGCCGUUAUCCACAGCCCCACCAUCUCUAUCCCUCUCUCCUUUCUCCCUCCUACUCGACCCUUUAACCUUCAUUCUACUUCAAGCCUAGCAACUACCAAGAAAACCAAAUAUAAGCAAAAACCUUCCUUUUUCCUUCAAUACCCUUCAAAAUCUCGUCCUUUUCAACCCCUUUUGAUCCCUCAGCAAUUUAAGGACUCAAAUGUCACAGUAGGUGCUGACACUAAUAGGAUUGAUUAUGCCAAUUUGCUUCGUAUUUCUGUUAGGUGUGGUGAUGUUGAACUCGCAAAGAUUAUUCACUCUUCAAUUCUCAAACUUGAAGAAGAGGAUGUUUAUUUGAAAAAUGCUUUAAUUGCAGCUUAUCUCAAGCUUGGUCACUUGAAUCUUGCUGAGAAAGUAUUCGAUUCGCUUUUGAGCCCUGAUGUUGUGUCGUAUACAGCAAUUAUAUCGGCUUUUGCUAAGUCGAAUCGUCAAAGAGAAGCCUUUGAGCUGUUUCUUGAAAUGAGGGACUUAGGUAUUGAACCAAAUGAAUAUACAUUUGUUGCUGUUUUGACUGCUUGUAUUCGUUCGUUGAAUCUUGAGUUAGGUCGUCAAGUACACGGUCUUGUUGUCAAAUUAGGGUAUUUGAGUUAUACUUAUGUUGUUAAUGCACUUAUGGGAUUGUAUAGUAAGUGUGGUUUACUGGAAUCUGUGAUUCUUUUGUUUAAUGAUAUGCCACAAAGGGACAUUGUUUCGUGGAACACUACGAUUUCGUGUAUGGUUGAAGAGUGCAUGUAUGAAAGAGCAUUUGAAAUGUACCGUGAAUUGAGGAGAAAUGAUUGCUUAAUAGUUGAUCAUUUUACUCUUUCGACCCUUUUGGCUGCAUCUUCCCGCUGUUUGGCGGUCAGAGAAGGGCAAAACCUACACGCACAUGCUCUUAAAAGUGGAUUACAUGGUAAUUUGAGUGUGAAUAAUGCACUUAUAGGCUUUUACACCAAAUGUGGAACCUUGAAAAAUGUAGUGGAUGUGUUUGAGAGGAUGCCUGUGAAGGAUGUCUUUAGUUGGACUGAAAUGAUUGUGGCGUAUAUGGAAUUUGGUUAUGUUGAUUUUGCGAUGGAGAUUUUUAACAGUAUGCCUGAAAGGAACUGUGUUUCUUAUAAUGCUCUUUUGGCUGGAUUUACUCAAAAUCACGAAGGGUUUAAGGCACUGGGGUUAUUUUGUGGAAUGUUGGAGGGAGGGAUGGAAUUGACUGAUUUUACAUUGACCAGUGUUCUUAAUGCUUGUGGGUCGAUGACGGAAAGGAAGAUAAGCAAACAGAUUCAUGCAUUUAUCCUCAAGCUUGGUUUAGAAUCAAAUGAUCGUAUUGAGACGUCAUUGCUUGAUAUGUGCACGCGGUGUGAGAGAAUGGAUGAUGCCAAAAAGAUAUUUCAUCAGCUGCCACUUGACCAUGAUAAUUCAGUUGCAUUGACAUCAAUGAUGUGUGCAUAUGCUAGAGAUGGACAUCCAGAAGAAGCUAUUUCUCUUUUCUUGGUCAGGCAUUCAGAAGAAUCACUGGUUGUUGAUGAAGUUGCAUUAGCCACUAUUCUUGGUGUUUGUGGAACAUUAGGGAUUCUAAAGUUAGGGGAACAAAUCCAUUGCUAUGCCUUGAAACAUGGUUUAAUGUCUGAUACCGGUGUUGGGAAUGCCAUGAUCAGCAUGUACUCUAAGUGUGAUGAAAUGCAAAGUGCAAUUAAGGCCUUUGAGGCUAUGCCUACACAUGAUUUAGUAUCAUGGAAUGGUUUGUUGACUUGCUAUGUCCUUCAUAGGCAGGGGGAUGCGGCAUUGAAUAUGUGGGCGAAGAUGGAAAACUUAGGAGUAAAACCAGAUUCUAUUACCUGUGUCCUUGUGAUAUCUGCUUAUAGACACACUUCUAGUAAUUUAGUUGAUUGUUGCCAAAAGUUCUUUUCCUCAAUGCAAUCCUCAUAUAACGUAAAACCCACCUCGGAACAUUAUGCAGGCUUUGUAGGUGUCUUAGGCUAUUGGGGUCUGCUCGAAGAAGCAGAACAGAUAAUUAGUGCAAUGCCAUUUGAACCAAAGGCUUCUGUUUGGCAUGCUUUGCUUGAAGGUUGUAGGAUACAUGUGAAUGCUAUCAUUGGUAAAAGGGCAAUGAAGGAAAUACUAUCUAUUGCGCCGCAGGAUCCUUCUACGUUCAUACUAAAGUCAAAUCUCUACUCAGCAUCUGGAAGAUGGCAGUGUUCAGAACUUGUUAGGGCGGAGAUGAGGGAGAAGGGUUUUCGAAAAAUACCAGGACGCAGUUGGAUCAUACUUGGCGACAAGGUUCACACCUUUUUUGCUAGAGACAAAUUGCAUUCACAGUCAAAAGACAUAUACAGCGGCUUACAAAUACUCAUUCCGGAGUGUCUGAAAGCUGGAUAUGUACCUGACACAAGUUUUGUACUUCAUGAAGUAGAGGAGCAUCAAAAGAAAGACUUCUUGUUCUACCACAGUUCAAAACUAGCUGUAACCUUUGGGCUUCUUAUGACGAGACCUGGGAAACCCGUUCGUGUUAUGAAGAACGUGCAUCUCUGUGGCGACUGCCAUACAUUCUUCAAAUAUGUUUCAGUUGUCACCAAGAGAGAUAUACACAUAAGAGAUGCUUCAGGUUUUCAUCAUUUUGUAAAUGGUAAAUGCUCCUGCAGAGAUAAUUGGUGAUGAAAAAUUAGAUAUUUUGAUAAUUCUAGCUGUAGUUUUUGAUUGUUGAUUUCAGGUUUUUGUUGGUAAGAUUUUUAAACCUGUUGUUAGA